GAUAGCACCACACAAGGUAAGACUAAGAUUGCUCAAUUUACUCCCAAUUUCUCACUAAGUAUUUCCCAGGACACUACGACAAUUGUUUCAUCAGGAGAACAUGGUCAACCUUCUCAGACAGAAUACUCCAGAAUGAUAAACCAAAGCCAGCAGCUUUCCUGCGACCCCUACGAUAAUCUUCCAGUGGUUGGCAUAGGAUUGACUGGCGUAAUUCUUAAGAUUGAUGAGGACCGUGUCGUCAAAAUUGCCAAAGUUUAUCCUCUUGAACAUCUCCCCGAACCUGACCGCAGCAAUAUGGAAUAUAUUAACGACAUCAACCGGAACACUUUAAAACAUGAGAUAAGGGUCUACGAGUGUCUAUUGAUGUCAUCAAAGUUCCAGAGAAACAUGUGCGUGAGCGUCGCGGUGAUGCCCAUGUUCGUGGUGAUGAGGUUUGCCAGGUACGUUCCAGUCAGCCAAGGCACACCGUAUUGCUUCAGGGCCUCCUCAUCGACGGUAAAAUCCGGGCUCAGGAUCAUCGUCUGGUUGUAG